UGUUGUUGUCUGCCCCGGAAAUCCUUGUCACCGCCACAUCCCGAGGUCAAAAUGGCGGCUCACUGCAUGUGAAGGAGAUCAGGAAGAAAGCUGUUUUUCCCCUGACGAAAGAACAUGUAUAAGACGCAAUGUAGUCGGCUUACAGGUUUGUUUGGUGUAAGCUUAAAGCAGAAACUGGUGGGAUGUGGUCCCCGAUGCAAGCAGACAGCCCAAGGCCUUGUUCUACCGCACAGGAGAGACCCGUCACACUGGAUGACCUAUCAACACCUCAACUUCCUCAAACGCCAGUAUGUGACAAAGAACCUGAGUGCGCUUAAGCAGCGUGCUGCCCCCAAGCGGGCAGCAGCGCUUGCCGACGUGGAUGAGAAUGACCGCGAUGAGAAUCGGGUCCAGAGAAUCCCGACCGUUGAGCCCACGGUGGAGGAAGUAUCGACCUCGGCGGUGGCUCGGGAAACAUCCAACAAUAUGACGACGUCAGACGAGACACCGCACUUGCAGGUCGAGACGGAUGAGGCACGAGAGGCGCGUCUGGACGGACAGUGGAAGCCACUGAAAGUGGAAGUGGGUGACCUCCCUGAUAUCUAUGCUCGACUCACCAAAAUCAAACUCACGGCACUUGUGGUCACGACGGCGGCGGCUGGUUAUGCCAUGGCUCCGGUGGCCUUUGAUCCUGCCAUCUUCAUUGCAACAUGUCUGGGGACAGGACUCGCCUCGGGUGCCGCCAAUUCCAUUAACCAGUACUUUGAGGUGCCUUUUGACUCCAACAUGAACCGAACCAAGAACCGUCCACUAGUUCGAGGACAGAUCAGCCCUCUUCACGCCGUCACUUUCGCGUUGGCGUGUGGCGUGCCCGGCGUGGCGCUGCUGACCUACGCCGUCAACCCUCUGACGGGCUUCCUGGGAGCCGUCAACAUUUUGCUUUACACGUGUUGCUACACGCCGCUCAAGAGGCUCACCAUCGCCAACACGUGGGCAGGUUCCGUGGUGGGCGCCAUACCUCCUGUCAUGGGCUGGACGGCCGCCACGGGCUGCAUGGACCCAGGUGCGCUGCUGCUGGGUGGCAUCCUAUACAGCUGGCAGUUCCCACACUUCAACGCGCUCAGCUGGAACCUGAGGGAGGACUACUCGCGCGGCGGCUACCGCAUGAUGUCGGUCACGCACCCGGCAAUGUGCCGGCGCGUGGCCCUGCGGCAUAGCGCGGCACUUGCGGGCCUCGCCGCCGCCGCGCCGGCGUUGGGCGUCACCACGUGGACCUUUCCACUGGUGUCGCUGCCCAUCAACGCGUACAUCACCCUACUCGCCUUCCGAUUUUACCGGCGGGCCGACCGCGCCAGCGCCCGCAAGCUCUUCUUCUGCAGCCUGUGGCACCUGCCCAUGCUCUUGCUACUUGCGCUCACAUGCAAGAAACCUCGCGAAGAUGACCCCGCUAGCACAAGCUAACACAAUCACUUGAUGGAUUCAUCAUUUUUUUUAUCCCAAAAAGGCCUCAGUGUCUCCACUGUAAAUAUGUAUUUAUUUAUGAGGGCCCAGCACUACCUCUUCUUAUAAAGCAGGGAUGUCAAACUCAAGGCAGCCCACACAUCAAAGGUAGGCCAUCUUGAAACCUUUAACUGUACAGGAAAUGUUUCAUUAACAGUUCAUCAUGUUAAAAACAAUAAAACCACUUCACUGUUAAUCGUGAAAA